CUUACCUGUGUGACGUAUGUGACAUGUCAUUCCGCCAAAUUGGAAAUUUGAUGACACAUCGACGUACGCACACUGGCGUAAAACCUUAUGCAUAUGAUAUAUGCGACAAGUCGUUUGCUGUAAGUGGCAGUUUGACGAACCAUCGACGCACACACACCGGUGAAAAACCGUACGCAUGCAAUGUGUGUGACAAGUCAUUCUCUGAAAAUGGCACUUUAACGAAACACCAACGAACACACACUGGCGAAAAGCCGUACGCAUGCGAUAUAUGCAACAAGUCGUUUGCUGUAAGUGGCAGUCUAACGAAACACCAACGCACACACACUGGCGAAAAACCUUAUGCAUGCGAUAUAUGCGACAAGUCGUUUGCUGUAAGUGGCAGUUUGACAAAACACAAACGCACUCACACUGGCGAAAAACCGUUCGCUUGUGAUGUUUGUGAAAUGUCAUUUAGUCAAAUUACCAAUUUGACAACACAUAGACGCACUCACACUGGCGAAAAGCCAUACGCAUGCGAUGUGUGCGACAAGUCGUUCUCUACGAGUAGCAGUUUGACGAUACAUCGACGCACACACACUGGCGAAAAGCCGUACGCAUGCGAUGUAUGCGACAAGUCAUUCUCUGAAAAUGGCACUUUAACGAAACACCAACGCACACACACUGGUGAAAAACCGUAUGCAUGCGAUAUAUGCGACAAGUCGUUCUCUAUAAGUGGCAGUUUAACGAACCAUCGACGCACACACACUGGCGAAAAACCGUACGCAUGCGAUAUAUGCAAUAAGUCGUUUGCUGAAAAUGGCACUUUAACGAAACACCAACGCACACACACUGGUGAAAAACCGUAUGCAUGCGAUAUAUGCGACAAGUCGUUCUCUGCGAGUAGCACUUUGACGACACAUCGACGUACACACACUGGCGAAAAACCGUACGCAUGCGAUGUAUGCGAUAAGUCGUUCAGUCAAAAUACCAAUUUGACAAAACAUCAACGCAUGCACACUGGUGAAAAAUCAUACGCAUGCGAUGAAUGCGACAAGUCAUUCUCCGUAAGUAGCAAUUUGACAUUACACAAACGGCGGACGCACACGGCACACUGAUCGGAUCGUUCAAAGAUCUACGAUAAAGUUCAAUAUUAAAAAUAGAUAAAUCAUGUUCACGUAUUAUUAUGGUAGGACUGUCAAAGUGUUAUUAUUG